AGGGUGCACUGAGCUGCGCGGCUACCGUGCUAACUUAGCACCGCCGGGGCCUUCACAACACGACGUAUAUGUUUGACGAGACCGGAAGUGUUGAACCGCUUCGUUUUGUCCGCUUACGCUUGUUCAUCUUUAGUGGAAACAUGUUGUCUAUGUUCAAGACCAUCCCCACGCACAUGGACUAUAAAGGCCAGAAACUGGCUGAACAGAUUUUCCAAGGAAUAAUACUCAUCUCAGCGGUGAUCGGAUUCGUGUAUGGUCUGAUCAUUGAACAGUUUGGGUGGACAGUCUACAUUGUCUUGGCUGGUUUUGCUGUAUCCUGUGUGUUGACCCUGCCUCCAUGGCCUAUGUACAGACAAAAUCCUCUUUCCUGGCAGCCUGCCAUACCAGAGCCCAGCGGGGAGUCCAGCCAAAAACCUCAGGAAAGUCUCAAGAAGAAGAAGCACAAAUAAUUCAGAACUAUCCCUGCCCGGCUGUCAGUACAUCCUUUUUAUAUUGGAAAUGAUUUUGAAUUUUGGGAAAACAACGUUACAGUGUUCAUAAGUCAAUAAUUGAAUUCUUGUGUCCAAAUAAUAAACAUCUGAUACAGUC